AAGUUUUGUCUCUGUUUCUCUCAAACCAAUCAAAGGCUUGAAGAAUAAUAAUUGUGGAAUAUUUACGAUCCUGCAAGUGUGAGGAGAGAAUAGCGGUGAUCCACGAAAGUCAGUCAUUACCUGCCAAAAAUCAUAUUUGACCCUGUAAUUCCAAAUCUCUAAAUGUAAUAGCUUUCUCUUGUUUUUCCUUUGUGGCUUUGAUUCAACCAGUAAAAAUUCACUCUACUUUUUGGUUCUGUAAUUAACUUAAUUUGAUACUAUUCAACAACAUAACAAGAACUAACAAGAGAGAACAUUUUCUUUCUUCAACUAUAACGUUGGUUUGAAUGGAGAACAUUUUAGGUCUUAUAAGACUUCGUAUAAAAAAAGGCACUAAUCUCAUACCUCGCGAUUCUCGUACCAGUGACCCUUAUGUUGUUGUCACCAUGGCCGAACAGACACUGAAAACUGGUGUUGUCAAAGAUAACUUGCAUCCUGAAUGGAAUGAAGAAUUAACACUUUAUAUUCAAGAUAAAGAUAUUAACACACCAAUACUACUGACAGUUUGCGACAAAGACACUUUCACAGUGGAUGACAAAAUGGGCGAAGCAGACAUAGACAUAAAACCAUAUCUUCAAUGUGUGAAGAUGGGAUUGAGCGAUCUCCCAGAUGGACAUGUAGUCAAAGUUAUUCAACCAGAUAGGACGAAUUGUCUUACCGAUGAAAGUAGCUGCAUAUGGAGAAAUGGUAAAGUUGUCCAAGAAAUGAGUUUAAGAUUGAGAAACGUCAAGUCUGGUGAAGUACUCGUCGAAAUUGAGUGGAUCGAUGUUACGGAUUCCAGAGGCUUAUCAGAGGUUGAUGACAUUUAGGUGUCCUUGCCUUCCCUAACUUUAUGCAUUACUGCUUGUAUUAUGAUGCUAUAUUGUUAUGUACUAAAUUAUCAUAAGCUGAGGUUACUAUGUAACUGUUAAUCUUAGUUUGAUACUGAUGUCAAAUUCUGUUAUAUUGUCAGAAAUUCUGUUUAUAUUAAAGACAAUGCAGGCAGCAGAGAAGGUUCAUGAAAUAC